CUUUACUUAUAUAUGUAGUCGGCGCUCGUGACGUGACACGUACGCUUGCGCUACGCCUCGUGUAGCGGGAGGAAGAUACCUGAACGGAUAUAGGUUAGCGUGUGUAUUUUAUCUGUCGAUAAACCUUUGGACGCGUCCUUUUUCAAAAUUCCCUUCAAACUCGAGCACGUUCAUGUAAAUUAAAUUGUGCAAUCAUGGCGGUACGUGUACAAUUUGAGAACAACAACGAAGUCGGAGUCUUCUCCAAAUUGACAAAUGCUUAUUGCCUCGUAGCGAUUGGUGGUUCCGAGAACUUCUACAGUGUGUUCGAGGCUGAAUUAGCUGAAACGAUUCCUGUCGUACACGCGUCGUUAGGAGGAUGUCGGAUUAUAGGAAGAUUGUGCGUUGGAAACAAGAAUGGUCUUCUGGUGCCGAACACAACGACAGAUACGGAGCUACAGCAUGUACGGAAUUCACUGCCAGAUAAUGUCAAAGUCCAGAGAGUAGAGGAGAGACUCUCUGCUCUCGGCAAUGUCAUCGCGUGUAACGAUCAUGUAGCUUUGGUACACCCUGAUCUUGACAGAGAAACCGAAGAAAUUUUAGCUGAUACUUUGAAGGUAGAAGUAUUCAGGCAAACUGUAGCAAGUAAUGUUCUAGUGGGUUCUUAUUCUGUGUUAUCGAAUCAGGGUGGCUUGGUACAUCCAAAAACAUCUAUACAGGACCAAGAUGAGUUAUCGUCUUUGUUACAAGUACCGCUUGCCGCAGGAACAGUAAAUAGAGGCAGCGACGUAAUAGCUGCAGGAAUGGUUGUAAACGAUUGGGUUUCCUUCUGCGGAAUGGAUACAACGUCAACAGAACUGUCGGUUAUCGAAAGUGUCUUUAAACUCAACGAAGCUGUCCCUUCUGCAAUUACAUCAACUAUGCGAGCAUCACUUAUAGAAAGUAUGUCUUAAGUGAAUUUAAACUUUCUGGGAGAACGUGGUCAGUUUGAUGAACGGUAGAAUGCACUGUGUACAUAAAUUGAAUAUUUAUGUUAUAGUAAUUAUACGAGAGAAUGCUAUAUUGUAAGCAACAUACCUACAGAAAGCACACAUUCUUCAUAAUUCCAACAAUAGACUGUUGUGGAAUGUUUAUACAAAACGUACCAUUAAGUCCUACCUGAUCACCGCCAAAACAAUUUUUACUGUUCGAUAUGAUUUCAAAGUAACACGAACGAAAAAACAGACAUUCAUAAUUAACUACAAGAAACAAUUACUUACCUUUUACCAUUGCUAAAGGUGAUUACAUGGAUUCCGAUCGUAUGUAGCAACAUGUUGCAAGACAUUACGUACGAUUAUCUGAAUUUUAAAAUAUUCUAAGAUUUUUAACGUAUAUGAAAAAAGAAUGUACAAUUUCUUUUUUAUCGAAAGUUUCCUUUUCAAAUGCACGAAUUUAUAAAUAUAACUGCAUAUAAAACGGAAAUAUUUUAUUGAAAUAUAUUUCAAUUAAUAAUCUCUUUGAAUAUAAACAUUUUUUGUGUCAAAAAAGUAAAUCAUUUCAAUCCUGACUCUCUAGCUGCCUUACAUAAUAAAUGAACUAUUGUAAACAACAUUGUGCGGACCAGCCUGCUAAUUCAGUUUAUUACAAAUAAAAAAAGGGAGGGCAGCCUGGAUUCUAUAAAUUUUGAUUAACAAGACUAGAGUAAUGGUAAUUGUUCAGCAUGUAACAACUCGGAAGCAGCAGCGGAAUCUGCACACAUAACUAAUGUAAUACCCGCUUGAUAAGAUGCAGGAAUACGAAUGUGAGUUGUACCAGUAUUAGCAUUACUAAGCUGAGUCAUUGCUUCUCGUACCACAUUUACAACUUGCCCUGAAAAAUUAUAAUGUUAACACUCUUCGAUAGCAGUUUAAUACGAAAAUUAAACCUACCGAGAACAUUGAGCUUUCGCCAGUUCUGAUUCAUAGUGGCGAGCGGUGUUAAAUCCGUAUUAGCGUUCCAAUGAGCCAGAACAUCUGCUCUCCGUAUAAGCAAAAUGCUAGGACUCACAAGUUGGUGCCAUACGUACUAAAAGAGAAUUAAAAUGCAAUAGAAUGUAAGUAACUAGGUUACCAUGAUUUAAACCAACCUGUUCGGGUAAACAUUCUAACGGAUUAGUUAAAUAUAUUCCUGCCUGUCCAACACCAAAUAUCAUUUGAUGAUGCCAUGCAUCUGGAAUAUCGCAGCCUUCUCCGCAAUGUUGUAAAUUCAACGUCGCGAUGGGCGCAGCUCCUUUAAGAGAAAUUUUACACUUGUAAAAUAAAGAUCAGUAUAUUUGA